AUGUACUAUCUGGUCAUCGUUGAUUCUUUCACCAAGUGGCCAGAAAUCUUCCAAACUUCUUCAUCAACGGCGCCAUUGACAAUAGGAUUAUUAAGAGAGACUCUUGCAAGAUUUGGAAAACCUGAUGCACUGGUUACGGAUGACGGAAGCCAAUUUUGCAGUGGCAUAUUUAAGCAGUUCUGUGAGAAAUCCGGAAUCAUUCUCGUUCGUACCACGCCCUACCAUCCACAGUCAAACGGACAGGCGGAACGAUUUGUGGACACGCUCAAGCGUUCACUGCGGAAAAUAACAGACGGGGAAAACAUACAAUUAUCCGAAGCGCUGCAAACCUUUCUUCAAGUAUACCGCUCAACGCCAAGCAACGUGUUGGAAGGAAAAUACCCGGCAGAAGUAAUGUUUGGCAGACCAAUGACGACUACACUUGAUUUGCUUCGUCCUACGGGAAUCCAUCAAGCCCAAUCCACGUCAACUUCGCUAUCACCUUCCGCCACAACUCUAACUGCUGGAGCUAUGGUAUACGCCAAGGUCCACAAGAACGCCCAAACCUGGACAUGGAAACCUGGAACUAUCAUUGGAGCAUUUGGAAAGGUGAAUUUCAAUGUUCUGCUGGAUCAAGGUACGGGACGCAGAAAACUCAUUCGUUCCCAUGCAAAUCAACUACGCGCUAGGUAUGAUGACAUCCAGCAGCCAUCACACGAAGUUCAUCCACCAUCGGCAGAACUGAUUGCAAAUUUCAGAUUACCGGCUCCUGUUCAAUCGAAUUUGAAUCCAGAACCAUCCACCAGCUCCGGUUCAAGACUAGCUAUACCCAUUAAUAAUUCCGCCGACAGCCUGAAUGAAACCAUGCGGACAGCUUCACCAACAAUGAUUGCAUCAACGCCUAUAGUAAUCCCGCUAAGAAAUGAUGAGGUCACACCUCGCCCAGUCAGAUACUCAAGACCGCCAAGACGAUUGGAGGAUUACAUCCGGUACUGA